AUGGUCACUGUGAAAUCCCGCAUUCUGGGCUCAAUCUGGGGUAAUUGUGUCGCCGAUGCACUCGGUGGUCCAGUCCAAUUCUUGGAAUCGGGAACAUUCUCCCCGAUCACCGAUAUGGAGUUCGUGAAACCAUUUCAUCAACCAGCCGGUUCUUACUCCGAUGAUGGAGCUAUGACUCUUGCCCUUGCUCAAUCACUUAUCGACACGCCGAGACUGUAUGAGCAUGAGCUUGCUAUUCAAUAUUUUCUAGAGUGGUGGAAGUUUGGUCGCUUUAGUACUGCUGAUGAGGCAUGGGAUGUUGGUGUUUCUACAGGUCAGGCGUUGUCGAUUUGGAAGAAGAAGGGUUUGGCCGACUUGGAGCAAACCGGCCAGAUUAUUUCUGAUAAACUGAGGCAUGAGCAUUGUUCUGGAAAUGGAAGUUUGAUGCGGGUUGGACCUGUUGGGACGGCAUUGUUCUUUAUGCCAAUUGCGGCGAGACAGGUUGCUAAGGAGCAGAGUCAGAUUACUCAUCCUGCUCUUGCUUGUGUGGAGGCUUGUCAGGCGUAUACGGAUCUGAUGUGUUGGGCUAUGAGAGGUCAAGCCAAGACACAACUGUUUCAGAGGCUCGUGGAAUUCCCUUUCACUCAUCCUGUGCUGAUUGAGCGGCUUGCGCGUCACAAAUCCGUUUCGGACUGGAGUUCUCGGACCGAUGCAGAGAUCAAAAGCAGUGGCUGGGUGAUUGAUACACUGGAUUGUGCACUGUGGGCGUUUUUCAAGUUCGAUACUUGGGCUGACGGUGCGCUUGCUGUGGUGAACCUGGGAGGUGAUUCAGAUACUGCUGGUGCGGUGUAUGGAGCCCUGGCCGGUGUUUUCUAUGGGUUUGAAGCGAUCCCUGAAAAAUGGGUUCAGCAGAUGCAGAAUGCAGACCUGAUCCGAGAGAUUGCGGAAAAAUUUGCAGCGCGGGUUAUUAAAAAUGCCGAAUGUCAAGGAUGGAGGGUUGUUCAGUAG